AUGAUGCUGGAGGCUCGCAAUGAUCCCACCACCAAGAUCAUGGCCCAUGCCUGCACGUAUGACGGCCUGUCUUCGCGCCUUGUGGAAGAGGCAGGUUUCCCUAUGGUCUUCCUUGCAGGCUAUGCCGUGGCUAGUUCCUAUGAUCUGCCAGACACUGGAUAUAUUGCAAUGGCAGAGAUCGCCGUGGCAUACCCCUGGACAUUGGUUGCUGCUCACCUCAAGAGUGUUCGAGAGGCUUUGGACGGAUUGAAGAGAAGUAUGACCGUGGGAGCACCACCGAUGAUUCUUACCUAUGAUGAGGUGUGCGAAGGUGUCGGUUUCAACAAGUACUGGGUAUCUCUGAAUAUUCUUUGA